CUUUAAUAAAGUCUUGGAUUUGAAAGAAAAAACCUCCACAAAUUUCAACUGGUUAAUACUACCAGAAAUCUUACAUUAAAGCUGAAUGGAAAUACCCGGUGGUGUUAAUCAGAGCGUUGCAAUAUCGAUUUUGUCUUAUUUGCAUUCAUAAAAUUACUUGGUAUUCAACUGUUACAGUGAAUUAAACCCAAAAAAGGCUAAUGUCCAAAUUGUAGAAUCACUUCAGAAGUACUGAAGGUAUUGAAUAAGUAGAAAUUACAUUAACAGCUAUUAGGAGAGCCACUUUUCUGUAACAUGCCGUUUCCAUCGGAAGAGAACAUCUGGUUUUUAAAACUCAGUGCUUUGAUUUUAAAUACUGGAGGCUUUAUCAUGACACACGCAUUGAAGGAAAAAAUAAAAGCUGAACAACCUACGUUUCCAGAUUUUCUAAAUAAUAAAAAACAUGACGUGUUUCAUCUUUUCUUCAAACAUUUGUGUUGUUUGUGUCUACCUCACGCAAAUAAUCGGCAGUAUGGGCAAGUAAGGUCAACCUACCAGUGGGAGUUACUAUAUGUAAAAAAUGAAGCAAGGAAAUGUCGCAAUAGAAAAAAAAAUUGCUGCUGCGUAUAUGACAUAAAACCUAAUGUGAACGAAGAUGAUCUGGAUAUAUCUUUAAAAAUUUGUUUGCUUGUUAAUUUAUUUCAACUUUCUGGGCAAGAAAAACAGAAUCUUGAAAAGCUUCGCAAGCAGAGAAACACUUACUUUGGUCAUGCAACCAAAGCAAGCAUAAAUGAAUCUGAUUAUAUUCAUACAUUUGAUGACGUGGCUUUUGUUUUAAAAAGCAUUGCAUUUCCUUAUGGAACAUCAUUACAUAAUCAAAUAUGCAAAGACAUCGACGAAAUUAAGGAUGAUCCCAUGCUUAAAAUGGGUUAUCAGAUGAUAAUUAAUUGGAUCAAACAAUCGGACGGACCCCAUGCACGUGUGAUUCAGGGAGAUUUUGAAAAAGCAAUAACAAAAGUAAUGGACGAAAUCAAAAAGUAUCAAAUGGAGGAAACAGGAGAAAAGAAACCAAAAGGUCAUUUAAAUCUCCAAGACAGCGAUGAAAUGCUACGAAAGAAAGUAGAAAAGAAAUUAAGUGAAAUUAAAUUCCAUUCUGUCCAUGGUGUAAAUCAAAAGAAAAAGACUAGGUCGUCUUUGUCAACAAGCUUUUCCUUACCAAAAAGAACCAAAGAUGGACCCAUUAAAAGAGCGAUAUCUGGUGAUGAACCUGAAUAUGUGAACAACAUUCAUUCCUUAAAACCAGACGAGAUGAUCCUUUUGUUGGCAAUAAUAAAAGCGUGUAAAACUAGAAGUAAACGAUCAUUUGAAAAUAAAAUGGCAGAAAUACCUGAACAAUGUCAGUUUUUGCUUGCCAAAGAUGAAAGAGGGUAUCGUGUAAUACAUUAUGCUUCUGAGAGAAUGGAUAAUUCAAUUCCUUUUCUGGAAGUUUUAAUCAACCAUGGUGCAAAUCUUGCGGACAAAACUUCAGACGGAAUGACGGUUUUACACAUCGCUUGCAAAAAUGGUAACGUUAAGCUCUGUCAAUUUUGUUUGUCGAAAGAACCUGAUCUGCUCAACAUUGAAGACUGCAAUGGAUGGAAUGCGAUGUUGUUUGCCUCAUUUUACGGAAAUAAAUCGGUCAUAUCAUUUUUAAGAAAAAACUAUAGAGAGGUAUGCAUUACAUCAGGCACAAAUUCCGUCAACAUCCUCCAUUUAGCAUGUUUAAGUGGAAACAGUAGCCUUUAUAUAGAACUUCAGAAAACAUAUCCUGAGAUUACACGCGAAAAAGAUAACGAAGGAAGAAUUAUCGCGCACUAUGCAGUACGUGGAGGAAAUAAAAAAAUCUUAAAGAUGCUUAUUACUUCUAAAUGGGUGUCAGAAGAGUUAAAAGUAUCAAUAUACCCCAGAAAUAUUUUGCACAUUGCUUGUCUGUAUAGUGACAGGAGAAUUGUCAAUCUUAUAAUUUCCGAAUAUCCAUUCAUGCUCCAUGAAGCCGACAAUGAAGGCUAUAAUGCUGCUCAUUAUGCAGCGUUUGGGGGAAAUGUAUCAGUGAUGCGUCUUCUAAUGGAAUAUCUGAAUGACAAGGUACAGCAGUACAGUAUUAACUGUAACAACAACAUCAAUAUUUUACAAACAGCUUGUAUUUAUAGAAAAACGGAGAUGUGGAAAUUCAUUGCACAGAAGUUACCAAAACUCGUUUUGGAAAGAGAUGAUAAUGGUUGGUUAAUACAACAUGUGGCAGCAAGAUGUGGUAAUAUUGAUGUUUUGAAAAUUAUCGUAGAAGACAAAUAUGUGGAAGACAUAACUCCCAAAGACCAAAAUGGAAGAACAAUUUUACACAUUGCCAGUCUCUAUGGGAAAUUCAAUGUAUGUGAGUACCUUGUGUCCAAAUUUCCUGACUUGAUUAAAGAAAGAGAUGAAUAUGGUUGUCCGGCCUGUGUUCUAGCUGCAAGGGGAGGUAAUCUGAAAGCUUUUAAGCUGCUUCAUGAAAUAUCCAACUCAUUUCUCACCAACGAAGACAAAAAGAACAUGUAUGAUGCUGCAAAACUAUCAAAUAAUGAAGAAAUUAUAAGGCUCACAAGAGAUAGUUAUCAAGACAACAACUUGACGGAAGCCAUUCAGGACCUAACUGUCGGUGAUGUUGAAGAAAUUACAUUUAGCCUGGAGAAGGAAUCAGAUGACAGACUGAGUACAUGUAGUGGCGAUAGCGAAAGCAUGUUCUAAAGAAAAAUUAUAUACAGUUAGCAGUGUUUAUUUCUUCUGCAAUUGCAAACAGCAAUUAAGGUGCCUGAUACGCAUUUUGAGGUUAAUUAUAUUAUGAAAAUGCUAUCAUAUUGUUACUUACUUUGUAAGAAAAGAUAUGGUUAUCUUUGUCAAUGAUCCUUAUGAGAUAAUGAGAGUCGGGGAUAAUUGUGAAGCUCAAUUUCAAUGUUUAUUCAUAAUUUCAAUUAGAUGUCAAACCAUGAUAUUAUUUUUAAAAUCGUAGGUCUAAAGACCUUACAGUGAUUUCAUUGUUUCUUUUUAUUAUUAUUCCUUAUUAAUUUUUUAAAAGAUUUCUUGAGAACUAUUAGAUGUAUUUCUUAAUUUUUGUUAGUUAGAAGUCAAUUCAUAGUCAAUAUAUGAAUUUUACAUAAAAUCCGUUUUUGAAAAGAUCGGUUCCGGUGCAGAGUUAAAGACAAUCUUCUUGUUUCAAAUGGAAUUUGAAGAAUAGGUUUUUUGCUUAUUAUUAUUUCCACUUUUUAAUGAUGCUCUGUGCCGUUUCUGUAUAUCAGUCAAGUUGUUCUGGAAAAGUCCAAAGUUGUUAUAAUAAAUGGAUGGGCAUACAGACGUAGAACGACCAGUCACCCGGUCGCCCACUUGGAAACGUGAGUUCUAUCCGGGUACUCCGGCUUCUUUCCACACCAAUGACCCCUUCGCGCUU